AUGUACGGCCGCACUAUCCUUCUUAUGGCGUCAUUGGCCCUGCCUCUGAUCGCUGCUCCUCUGUCUGGUAAUACGCACUCGCCGUCGGCAGAUGUUAUCAACGAAGGCGCCAUACCUGCAAUGUUAGGCGAUAGAAUAAAGAGGGAUCCUCUUGUCGAAGCGUUACCUCUAGAAAGUCGAUUGAGUGAAGUUGCAGGAAGCAAGCGCGACACUUCACUGGACCAGAACGCGAAUAGUGGCGAAGACAAUAACACCCAUGAAACAGACGAUGUAGACAACCUAGGCAAUGUGAACAACAUUGAGGUCCGAUCCGAACCCACCGACAGUCUCGAAGAUCGCAAAUUGGCUGGUGAAAGCAGGCAAAAGAGCAGGAGGGCUUUCCUUCCGGUGGUCGGCCACGAUGGCAACAGGGAAAAAGACCCAAAGAGCAAGAGAACACGACGUGCUCUGGGAGACAGCCAUGGGGGCAAAGGAGAUCAAGCUCCCCGGAGCGGCAAGCGGGGCGACAGUAUGUAA